AUGGGAUCAUUUUCUUUGGCCAGUACAUAUUGGCCAAAGUCGAUGAUAGAGUAUGUCUUAGGAAAAUGCAGGGAAAACGACUUUUAUUUCAUGAUAUCUUCUUCUUGA